CCGGCAUUUUCCUUGCCCAACGUGCUCUCCCUCCCAUUUCCUGCGAGGUGGUUGGUGGCGAUGGCCUUCAAGCUGAUCACCAAGCCCGCGGCGGCGUCGCCCGCUGCUGCUUACUGGGGAGAUCUCGCCCGGGGGCCGCAGGGUACGAGCCGCGUUGCCUUCGGACCAGCGCCCAGGAACAAGGGGCUCCGCGCGGCCAACAACUCCGCAACGCCCAUAGCUAAGGUAGAGAGGGUUGAUCGAAGUGACAUAUUGACAUUGGAUAGCAUCAGACAAGUUUUGAUUAGACUAGAAGACAGCAUCAUAUUUGGCCUUUUGGAGAGAGCACAGUUUUGUUACAAUGCUGAUACAUAUGAUAGCAAUGCUUUCCACAUGGAUGGUUUUGGAGGAUCUUUGGUUGAAUAUAUAGUUAGAGAAACUGAAAAGCUCCAUGCACAGGUUGGGAGAUACAAGAGCCCAGAUGAGCACCCUUUCUUUUCCAAGGAUCUGCCUGAGCCCCGGUUGCCACCUAUGCAAUACCCAAGGGUUUUGCAUCCCAUUGCUGAUUCUAUCAAUAUCAACAAAGAGAUUUGGAAAAUGUAUUUUGAUGAACUUCUUCCAAGAUUGGUGAAAGAAGGAAGUGAUGGUAAUGCUGGAUCCAGUGCUCUUUGUGACACAACCUGCUUGCAGGCACUCUCCAGAAGGAUCCACUAUGGGAAGUUUGUGGCAGAGGCCAAGUUUCAAGAGUCCCCUGAAGCUUACACGCCAGCCAUAAUAGCCCAAGACCGUGAUCAACUCAUGAACCUUCUCACAUAUGAAACGGUGGAGCGUGCUAUCGAACACAGGGUGGAGGCCAAAGCCAAGAUCUUCGGGCAAGAGGUGAACAUUGGUGCUAAGGACAACGGCAGCCCACCGGUCUACAAAAUCAGGCCGAGCUUGGUCGCCGAGCUGUACAGCUACAGAAUCAUGCCGCUAACCAAGGAGGUUGAGGUCGCGUACUUGCUUAAGAGGCUGGAUUGAGUGUGUUUACGUAGCUGUAAAACUGCCAGAUCCGAACUCCUGGUAUUAAACCAUAACAUCGGUAAGUACCCAUUUCUGUGAAGAGGAUGAUCCGAACUCCUGUCAUUAAACCAGAACAUCAGUAAGUACCCAGUUUUGGGGAGAGGAUGGAAAAUAUACCAUGUGUGGCAAGCAACAUGCAUAAUAUCAUCUGGAGUUGCGCUUACUCGCCCCUCGUGCGUAAUGCUAAUGGUUGUAGCCUGUAUGGAAUGCUGGGUCACUUUCUUUGGCUGGGUGCCCUUUUGAAUCAGAGUAAAUUCGCUCAUUGUCGCUGGAACUUAUUCUUUGAUGCACACUAUUCGAAGUUUGCAUUUCCUUGGUUGCCGUUCCUGUUAAAAUCUGUUAAGUUGUACGUGUACCACAUGACUAGAGAUUGUCGGCACCGUU